UUGCUACUCUGUAGGGUAUUCAUUUCACCAAUCGUCGCAUUCAUUCUCCUUUGUCUGUUCACAACACACACACGCACCCACAUUCCACUCUGUCCCUACACACUGCUUCAAUUAUCAUCUCGUCCCUGUCCGUGGGCCCUCUGUCUAAUUUCCCCACGCCCGUCUCCCGCAUCGGGGAGCUAUCGGCGAUAGCUUCUUGGUCAGAUCCACCUUCGACUGCACCUUGCGCCUUCGGGUUUGUGACCCUUGCGACACCGCUCUCCCAUUUCUCGACACUUGAGCCUCCCGUCAACGUCGCCAUACACUCUCCAUUGACAACCUUGCUAUCAUCGACGGUUCUUUUGUUUGUAUCAAGAACCCGUAUUAUACAGCAUGGCGGCCUUGAAAGAGUCGGUGCAGGAAGCUCUGCUGGGAUCCACACAGGAGCCAGGUCUGUCGGAACAAAGCAGACAAAGCUUCAUGAAACACGCAAAGCUCGACGAAGCAUCAGGAGACUACUUCCUCGAAGAGGAUGACUUCAUCAACCUGAUUGCACCAGAGAAUGAAGACUAUCACAAGAUCAAACGUGACCAAUACUCCCUACUAUUCAAAGUCGCCGAUCGAAGAAAACAAGGCAAAGUGACCCUGUCCGACUGGACCAGCUUCGACAACCUUCUCAGCAAACCCGACGCCGAAUAUGAAAUAGCCUUCCGAGUGUUUGAUACCAAAGGCAUUGGUUUGGUUUCAUUCGAGGAUUUUGAGCGGAUCUACAAUGAGAACAAGUCGGAAAAUGCCCUACCAUUCAAUUGGUCGUCGGAAUGGGCGGCGUUGUACAUUGGUUCUAAUAACAAGAGGCAUACGAUGACAUACCCACAGUUCUCGCAGAUGUUGAGAGGUCUGCAAGGUGAGCGCGUCCGACAGGCAUUUUUACAUUUCGACAAGAACAAUGAUGGUUACAUUGAGCCCGAACAAUUUCAGCGUAUCAUCAUUGAGACUGCACACCACAAGCUUUCCGACCAUCUUCUCGAAAACCUUCCAACGCUCUGUAACAUUUCCGCCGGAAGCAAGAUAUCUUACGCCAAUGUUCGCGCAUUCCAGAACAUGAUCCGCGAAAUGGAUCUGGUCGAGCUCAUUCUCCGCAACGCAACUGCGAAAAGUCCAGAUGGAAAGAUUACUCGCACCGACUUCCUGAAUGAAGCUGCUCGUAUUGCUCGUUUCUCCCUCAUCACUCCCAUGGAAGCCGACAUCCUGUUCCACUUCGCUGGCCUGGAUGAUACGUCAGGACGCCUAAGCUUGAUGGAUUUUGCAAAAGUCUUGGAUGCAUCGUGGCACAACUACUACAAACGAGCCGGGCAAGGGCUGGUUUCUGCUGUAGGCCAGGCCGGUGCCGAAACCUUUUCCAAAACUAAAAGCUUCUUCCACGACGUCCUGGAGGCAGCGCAUCAUUUUGCUCUUGGAAGUCUGGCUGGUGCAUUCGGAGCAUUCAUGGUAUACCCGAUUGAUUUGGUCAAGACGCGAAUGCAGAAUCAGCGUGGACGCGUUGGUGAGCUGCUGUAUCAGAACUCGCUCGAUUGUGCAAAGAAGGUCAUUCGCAACGAAGGUUUCAAGGGUCUCUACUCCGGAGUCCUGCCUCAGCUUGUUGGUGUCGCGCCUGAGAAGGCCAUAAAGCUGACUGUGAACGACAUUGUUCGUGGGAAGUUCAUGAACAAGGAGACUGGUCAGAUUUGGUUUCCGGCAGAGAUGUUGGCCGGUGGCUCCGCUGGUGCUUGCCAAGUGAUCUUUACCAACCCUCUAGAAAUAGUCAAGAUCCGGUUACAAGUACAGGGAGAGAUGAUGAAAUCAGCUGAGGGUACUCCAAAGCGAUCUGCGAUGUGGAUCGUUCGCAAUCUCGGUCUCGUCGGUCUUUACAAGGGCGCUUCAGCCUGUCUUUCUCGCGACGUUCCCUUCUCAGCCAUUUACUUCCCAACAUACGCCCAUCUCAAACGCGACCUCUUUGGUGAGUCGCCUACGAAGAAGCUCGGGGUUCUACAUCUCCUCACCGCUGGUGCGAUCGCUGGUAUGCCGGCAGCGUAUCUCACGACUCCAUUUGACGUCAUUAAGACGCGUCUGCAAGUUGAGGCUCGAAAGGGUGACCAAACAUACAACGGGCUGCGACACUGCGCGAGAACGAUAUACGAACAAGAGGGUUUCAAGGCAUUUUUCAAGGGAGGUCCGGCGCGUAUCCUUCGGUCCUCGCCGCAAUUCGGCUUCACGCUCGCUGCAUACGAAGUGUUACAAAACCUGCUGCCGAUGCCAGGCGGGCACGGCGCGGACGAGGACAAGGCGGGCCCCUCUGGGUUCACAGAACCUGGGGUUGGACUGCAAGCAGCGAGCGCACCUCUACCGUACCUGCGAAGCCGAAAUAGUUUGAAGAUCUUGCUAGAUUUAGACAUGAAUUUCGGGCGGCCAAAGGGGCCAGAAACAAGCAAGGCAUGGGCGCCGUUUAGAAUGAUGGGCGGAACCAAGAGCGAGACAUAAAGAUCAGGGGGGAGAGACGGCUAUUGAUGGGAGGGAAACGCCCAAAAAAAAACAG